AAACUAGUUUGAUCAAGAGUCAGUGGAGGAGAUCAAACUCAUCAGUUUCUUCAUCAUGGCUGAUUCACAAGCAUCCAGAGAUGGAGAUUUCUCUCCAGGACGCAGUUCAGUCCAGCAGAAGAGCUCAAAUCCAGAGUCCAGCUGUGUGUCUGUGAAGAGUGACGCCUCUAUGGAGAAACCACUACAUUUCAAGAGUGGAGACAAACGGCCUGAUCUCAGUUUGAAAACCAGUUCAGUCCAGCAGAAGAGCUCAAACCCAGAGUCCAGCUGUGUGUCUGUGAAGAGUGACUGGUCUAUGAAUCAUCCAACAGAGUUUAAGAGUGGAGACACACGGCCUGAUCUCAGGUCAAAUCUUCCAUCCAGACCAGUUAAAAACAAAACUGUGUUCAUGCCUGUGAUUCAACCACAAGACUUUCAUGAACGCAUGUGUCCUGGUUUCAGCCAUGACUCUAAAGCUGCUGAAGUCCUCAACACACUGAGAUCAAAUCUGAGACAGAAGUUUGAGUGUGUGUGUGAGGGAAUAUCAAAGCAGGGAAAGCCAACACUCCUGAAUGAGAUCUACACAGAGCUCUACAUCACAGAGAGUGGAAGUGGAGAGAUCAAUAAUGAGCAUGAGGUGAGACAGAUUGAGACACAGUCCAGGAGAGCAGAAACAGAGGACACACCGAUCAAAUGCAGUGACAUCUUUAGACCUUUACCUGGACAAGACAAACCCAUCAGAACUGUGCUGACAAAGGGAGUCGCUGGCAUUGGAAAAACAGUCUCUGUGCAGAAGCUCAUCCUGGACUGGGCUGAAGGGAAAGAGAAUCAGGACGUCCAGCUCAUAUUUCCACUGGCUUUCAGAGAGCUCAACUUGAUGAAGGACAAAACACUUAGUCUUUCAGAUCUUCUUCAUCGCUUCUUCCCUGAAACCAGAGAAAUGGCCAUAUCCAGUGAUGAGUAUAAAGUGCUGUUCAUCUUUGAUGGUCUGGAUGAGUGUCGUCUGUCUCUGGAUUUUCAGAGCGAUGUGAGGUUGUGUGAUGUGACUGAAUCAGCCUCAGUGGACGAGCUGCUGACGAACCUCAUUGUGGGGAAUCUGCUUCCCUCGUCUCUCAUCUGGAUCACCUCCAGACCAGCAGCAGCGGAUCUCGUCCCCUCUGAGUGUGUCCAUCGAGUGACAGAGGUACGAGGCUUCAGUGACACACAGAAGCAGGAAUACUUCAGGAAGAGGAUUCGUAAAAAGAGAUUGGCUAAAAGAAUUAUCUCACACCUGAAGUCCUCAAGGAGCCUCUUUAUUAUGUGCCACAUCCCAGUGUUCUGCUGGAUCUCAGCCACUGUUCUAGAGGAGAUGUGCAGUGAAGCAGAGAGACGAGAGAUUCCCAAGACUCUCACUCAAAUGUACACACACUUCCUGCUCAUUCAGACCAACAUCAAACAUGAGAAGGACUAUGAGAAGAAAGUGAAAGAUGAAGACAUGAUCGUCAAACUGGGGGAACUGGCGUAUCGGCAGCUUGUGAAAGGCAACCUGAUCUUCUAUGAGGAAGACCUGAGCGAGUGUGGCAUUGAUGUGGCAGAAGCAUCAGUUUACUCAGGAUUGUGCACUCAGAUCUUCAGAGAGGAGUUGGGCUUGUGUCUGGGGAAAGUCUUCUGCUUUGUUCAUCUGAGCAUUCAGGAACAUCUAGCAGCUCUAUAUGUGCAUCUCUCCUUUAUCAACAAUAACAUCAAUGUGUUUGACCAGAUUACCAAACCAACUAAUGGAGGCAAAGUGUCCCUAUCUGAUCUCCAUCAGAGAGCUGUGGAUGAGGCUUUACACAGUAGAAAUGGGCAUCUGGACCUUUUCCUUCGUUUCCUUCUGGGUCUGUCAGUGGAGUCUAAUCAGAGUCUCUUACAAGAACUAAAGACACAGACAGCAAACAGCUCUCACAACAAUGAGGAAACAGUUGACUAUAUUAAAGAGAAGAUCAGUGAGAAUCCCUCUCCAGAGAAAUACAUCAAUCUGUUUCACUGUCUGAAUGAACUGGGGGAUCUUUCUCUAGUCAACGAAGCUAAACCUCGUACAUAUGGAGGAUUACGUGAUGCGAAACUCUCCUCGUCUCAGUGGUCAGCUUUAGUGUUUGUGUUGUUGUCCUCAGAGGAGACACUGGAGAUGUUUGACCUGAAGAGAUUAAUUGGAGACAGAAGGGAUGGUGUCCCACAAAACACAGGAGAUGAAGUUCUUCAGAAGCUGAUGCCUGUGGUUACAGCAACUAGACACGCUGUGUUGGGUGUUUGUGGAGUCACAGAUGAAGGUUGUGUUGCUCUGGCUUCAGCUCUGAGAUCAAACCCCUCACACCUGAGAGAACUGAAUCUGUCAUAUAAUAAUCUAGGAGACUCAGGAGUGAAGCAGCUUUCUGAUCUACUGGCAAAUCCUCACUGUAAACUGGAGACACUGGGGUUGAGUAACUGUGGAGUCACAGAUGAAGGUUGUGUUGCUCUGGCUUCAGCUCUGAGAUCAAACCCCUCACACCUGAGAGAACUGAGUCUGUAUAAGAAUAAACUAGGAGACUCAGGAGUGAAGCAGCUUUCUGAUCUACUGGCGAAUCCUCACUGUAAACUGGAGACACUGAGGUUGAGUGAGUGUGGAGUCACAGAUGAAGGUUGUGUUGCUCUGGCUUCAGCUCUGAGAUCAAACCCCUCACACCUGAGAAAACUGGAUCUGUCAUUUAAUAAACUAGGAGACUCAGGAGUGAAGCAGCUGGAGGAUCUGAGGGAUGAUCCACAUUAUAAACUGGAGACACUGGGGUAUUCGAGGCCAGUCUGAUAUUCUGCUGAUCAUCUGAUGGUGAAUAAGGAUCCACUACAGAGACUCACAGUCAACAGAAUCAACAGAGACUGAAGAUACAGUGACUUCACUGUUAGAAAUUAACACUUCAUUUAGAUUUCAACCAUCCUCUUACAGACCUGAUGAGGCGGCAGUGAAACACCUUUUAUUUCACAGCAAAUUACACUUUCUCAUUCAUAGAUUAACCUUUUUAUUUGUAUAAACACACAG